AUUAAGAUCAUUUCUUGAACAUAUAACUCUUGAUUCGGAGGAAGAAGAGUCAUUAGACACCAUUAAUGAAACAGCAUUAGAAUGUCCAAAAGUGUACGGAUUAGACAAAAGUACAAAAAAGCUGAAAGAGUCAACUCGGAUAAUUGUAAAGAGAAUAGAGCCAUGGGUACCAGGUAGUAGCAUAAUAGGUAUAUGGUUAGAUGUAGACAAGAGAAAACAAUUUAUUAUCGGACAGACGUGUGUACAAUUAUGGAAAUAUACCAAGAACGGUAAACCUCGAUUACUGUACAUGUACGUAAAACCCGAAAAGAAUGUUGAGAAAUCUACUUCAAAUGGCACGGAAGAAGAGAAGUUUGCUUUGGAUGACACGAAAGAAAGGAUAUCUGUUCUGGAUGACACGAAAGAAAGGAUAUCUGUUCUAGAUGACACGAAAGAAGAGACGACUAAUUUAGACAAAAAGGGAGAUGAGAAUCUUACUUCAGGCUACAGCACUGACGAGCCCAGAAUCACUAUCGAUGGUGAGAAAUUCCGUUUCAGAACAACAGCUGACGAGAAUUCUGAACAUAACUUGGAGAUCCGAUGGCCGCUCGAUCCUUGUAAAGUGGUUAUCGAUGCAUGUCGAGCACUCCAUUGGCUAGAGGAAAAGAAAAAACGAUACGUAGAUGACGGUUCCAAGCGAAAUAAACGCACCUACAUUAUAUUUUAUGAGCUGAAACAUCAGCUCACCGACGUUGUUCGAAGAUUCAUUCAAAAACAUCCUAACGAAUGGCGCCUACUCGAAGUGCGAUAUGAGUUGAUGCAAUGGUUACUUAGUGGAGGAUGUUCUCGUCUGAUAAAAGAUAUUGUCGCAGUAAGUGAUGUUCCGGAAGGUGAGGAUAGUAUUAGUGAAGGACGUAAAUAUAUACGAAACCGGCAAAUACCACUCCACUUUCCGCGAGUGCACACAUGGGAGGCCGAUGAAUAUGGAAACGCAGGGAAGAAAAGCGACUUGAUAAUAACUAUCGAAAAGAAGGAUAAGUUGACCGACAACUUCCUCACCUAUUACGCUCACUUUUCCAACGAACAUUUUGGUUGGAUAUGCACAGUAAGAAAAGCCUUACCUCUUCUAUUUGGAAAAGAUCAUUUAGAUAUUCCUAAAAACAGAUUUUUUGCUCAUCCAACAUUCAUGGGAAGACCUACAUCACAGCAUGAGAUCCCCUUAAGGGUGUACUCAAAUAUCUUUCGUUCACUACCGAAGUUAACAGACAACUUGAAAUCGCUAAGAGUGGACAAAGUAGUCGAUAAUAUGAGACAUAUCCAUUUAAAGACGGAUUUGAAAAUGAUACGUCAUACGAUAAGUUCUCGAAAUCUUUUUUACUUUAUUGUCAUUCCUUCAUACGUGUGGGAAUUCGCUUUAAACAUUUGGCAUAUUGUAUACAGGACGAGAGAUCCCGAGAAGCGCCCUGAGAAUUAUGUAAAAGUUUUGCGUCGUGUCCCAAUGCCAUGCGAUGAGGAUGUGGCCAAGUUGCUUCAGCAGUCUAUCAAUGACGAGUAUAGCGAAAUUUUCUUUGAUAACCCAGCUAUUGCCGGACUUAUUAAUUCGACAUGGGUAGUGGCCUAUUUUUAUUAUCAAUCGUAUGUGAUACUGAAUGUAUAUUUUCUACUGUCAUUCGGCAUAUAUAUCUUCCUUUUUAAAGACACGGAUAAUCAAAGGGCUAUAGCAUAUAUAACGGGCGCAUUGGGAAUGUGUCUUGUAGUGCUUGAAUUGAUUAAAAUACCAUGGCUUAUUUCAAUGUAUAACAGAAUCAAAAUGUCAUACAACCUGGUUUUAUAUAUAUUCCCCAUUGUGUUAACUAUUAUUUUAGAGACUCAAAAAGAAUACAUUGGGAGUAUAGUAUUACACGUCCUCGCUGCUACUGCUACAUUUAUGUUAUGGCUCAAAUUCCUGAUGCUUUUGAAACCAUAUGAAGGUGUUGGCACUUAUGUAUACAUCGUCAUUAGCAUAUUCGAGCAUAUUUCCUUGUUCUUUGUAUCAUUCUUUAUUCUUGUGAUUGCAGUUGGACACACCAUGUAUGUGUUUUUACAUGAUCCAUCGGAUAUUAAAUUAACACCAAAUGCUCUUGAAUUCGGUGUCAAUCUGACAACUCCCGAUGGCGUCGUCGGGACAAAUUACACCGUGUACCAGAAAUUAGAUGAAGAAGAUGUCUCGGACAAUGGCUUUGCAAGCUUCUGGAACUCGGUAAUUUCAGCUUAUGGCUGGACUAAUGGAAGAUGGGACGGUCUGGAUUGGAACUACUAUCCGCUUAAACUAUUCGUCAUUGCCUCGAGUUUACUUCUAGUUAUUGUUAUGUUGAACAUCCUUAUUGCUAUCAUCGGAGAUGUAUAUGUCGCUGCCAAGAUAACUGGUAGACGAGAAAUCGUAAGGUCGCGCGCAAUAUUUUUGUUGUAA